AAGAUACCUCGGUCUUGAAGGAGGAAGUUUUAACGUCUAUAUGUGUUCUUGGUUCAUCUCCAUUCAGUCGUUGUAAUCGUUCUUCAGCGAUGUUUCGUCUAUCCCGGUUCAUCAGCUUGUUGUUGCUUUCAAUUCCAUUCGUUUACACCGUGUCAAACCAGCGAAUAUUUGGCUCUCUCAAAACAGAAACCGUUGCACGAAGCGAUAACCAACUCCAUGCACUUGCGAGGAAAAGUGAAGGUUAUGAAAGCUUGGUAGAAAAAGGGCAAUCCAGCGGAGGCACCAGCAAAGGAACUAUUUGUCCCAUACGUCGCUCCAACAUGCUAAAGAAUUGGGACACAAAUCAAAAAGAGGUAAUAUUUCUUGAGGAAUAUUCAAAAAAUCUUUCAAAUUUCCACAACCAGCUUCUACUGGAAGACUUUGAGUCAAUGAAGAUAAGAAGGAAGAAUAUUGAUCUUGUAAAAUUGUCUGAGGCAAAGGAAAUCCUUGAAGAAUCUAAGAAGAACCUAUCAAUCCUUAAGCAAUGGAAGCUAUUCAAGCUUGCUAAUGUUGAUCUCAAUGCUUUACAUUCCCAAUUCAAGGAAUGGUUCAUUUCAAAUGAGAAAGACAGCUUAAUCUACCAAAAACUCCUUAAAGUUCCAGUGGAUAUGUUUGGAUUAAUAUUUGAUCAACACCUACAGGGACUUGGAAAUGUGACAUUGAAAGAAAUGAAGAAGUUGAUUACAAAUUAUGAUUUCCUAUGGAAUGAUCUAAUACCAGGCUGUCCAUUUAGUUUCCCUAAGAUAAGAGAACAUAAAUGGUUAGAAGUCUAUUACAAGACCAGAAGAUUGUUUGUGAAAUAG